AUGCCUUUCCCCGAAGGCAGCAACGUGCACGCUCCCAAGCAAGCACACAUGUCCAAUCCCCGAAGAGAAUCAAUGGUGGAAGCACCACCCGGUUGUGCACCGCUAGUUGACUUCUUGAUCGACGGUUCGGAUCGCGCGUGCGUCAGUUCGAAAAUGCAGGCUUCGAUUUCUGUGGAGACCAGUAACGGAUCGUGCGAAGCUGCACCUCGUGUCUUUGAGGCGAAUCAGGCCCCGGAUUGUCUGGUGCUCCUCCAGAUAGCCUCAACGGGCAAGCAGGGCGCCGAAUUAGGCUCCGAUGAGUGCCCAUUGGUCAUGAUUACAGCAAAAAUUUUCGAUAUCCAUUCGAGAACAGUAAGUAAAUGUCUGAAUCAUUGCCCUGGGGGCGGCGAAACCUUUAUGACCUCAAUUCUGCAAAUUUCCAUGACAAUUGAGGGUGAAGGACGUCGGCAUUUGCAGACCCUGCUGACGGUUAAGGUUUCUGGUGCAGAAUUCCAGAGUCGUGUGAAAUGCCCAAGCUCGUACUUGACGCAAAGCAUAUAUAAUGACCAAUGCGAUAGCACGAGUGAACCAGGGGAACCACCGAACUCCGUGUACGAGGAGUCGCUCUCUGAGGAAUGCAAAGCGUUCACUGGUCUCAAAGACGCCGACCUUGUUGAUGCCCCUUCCCUCUUAGAAGCACUAAAAUCCCUCGACACGUGGCUGACAAAGCAAGGACUUAUUUUUGUUGGUGGUCUAACCGACGAUGUCUGCGAUUCCACUCCCGCGUGGUCUGAAACACGCCAAUCCCUCAGUGGCUCGGAUCGCGACCAGGUUGCCGGAGUGUCAGACAAACGAUCGUUCGAGGUGGCAGUGGAUGGGGGAACAGGCUUGCGACUAGUUCUUCACCAAUCCAUGACUCAGCCCGUCUCCCUCACUUACGCCCACUUCCCCUAUCUGUAUAGAUUUAUUGAUCUUAAAAAGGUCUACAGACUUCUUUAUCCCAAAACACAAUCUCUCCUUUCCCUUCCUGAAAUGAUGCGAGAUAGGCCCAGAUAUGAGGCUAACUGGUUAUUCAUUUUAGAUGUGGGUCUUCAAGAUUUUGACCUUCCCCCCGGCUACAGGCCGGAGUUGGCCAUAUGGGUGACUCCCUUGAUAAGUUCAGGCGCACACGGCAGCCCGCUUCUGGAAGCUGAAGGUGGCACUAAGGUGACUGUGUCGGAAGAUGGCCAACCACGUUGCCACGAAGUUGGCUACUGGCCACUGCUUUACUGCAGAAAUAUGGCAAAACUAUGCGCCAAGAUGACCGCUGACGGUGAGAAUGGAAAUAUGGUUGUUCUCAUUUUACUACAUUCUGAUUUGUUUUGCAAUAGAAAAAGCUCCGAGGAGGUAAGCGACAACGUGGUUGUACGAGCCCGUGGACUUCCGUGGCAGGCAACGGAUGCGGAGGUUCAACACUUCUUCCGGGGCAUCAACAUCGCCUCCGGUGGAAUCGCUCUUGUCCUCAGCAAAGCGGGUCGACGCAGUGGCGAAGCUGUGAUCCGAUUCACAGACCGCGAGCAACGCGACCUUGCUCUGCGGAAGCACAGACACCACAUGAACCAUCGCUACAUCGAAAUCUACGCCGCCCGACCAGCCGAAUUCAUUGCUGCGGCUGGAGGCAAUACUCAAGAGGCGGAGGACUAUCUCAGCAGGUUUACAUCGCCCUUUCAAACUCUCAUUAGGAUGCGAGGCCUUCCAUACUCUGUGUCGGCUAAAGAGAUUAUUGACUUUUUCGCAAAGGCCAGAUGUCAAGUGCAAUUCGACAGCGACGGCAUUCUGUUCGUCAACCGCAAGGACGGUCGGGCAACCGGUGACGCGUUUGUCAUGUUCGCGACUGACUCCGAGGCUGAACGAGCCCUCAAGAAUCACCGCCAGAAUAUUGGAAAUCGAUACAUUGAAUUGUUUAGGUCAACACCGGCUGAAGUCAAUCAGGUGAUGAAUGCUGUCCUCAGCCAGUCAUCUGGCAGUUCUCCUCAAAUCUGGCCCCUUGCAUUCGACAAUUAUGCUAGCCAUCAGAAGGUUUCGGAUACGCUUGAAAUUCAGAGUCCGUCACUUUACUGCGAAAGCACAAAGAGGCCUCUGAUACCGAAUUCCGCCUUCUCGUUUUCCCACAUCUCCAUGUUGAACAUGCUCCCCUUUACCGUGGCACUUCGUGACUCGGAGACGAGCGCCUUGCCUUUGACCCUCUCUGGAAUGACUACUCCGCUGCCAAGCACGUCCAACUAUCUCAUGCGAAUAAAGGGAAUGCCGCUGGGAACGACGGUAUACGACAUUCUAAACUUCCUGGGCAUCUACUGGCAGGCCGUAGCGUUACAUGGAAUUCAUCUGAUCUACACUCCCGAGGGUGCGCCUUCCGGCGAAGCAUUUGUGCGGUUUGUCUCUGAGCAGGCAGUCCAGUUGGUUGUGGCCAGCAAACAAGGUCACCCAAUCAUGUGCGCGACCACCGGGGCCCAAACCUGCGUUCAACUCUCACAGGCUACCCCAGCGGAGACAGUUGAUUUCGUCAGCAUUCCCGGUUCACAGCCAGCCGUUAACUGGACCACCACGGCGGCCUUCAGCGCAGUACCCCACGCCUGUCAGUUCCUCCCCAGUGGACUUGCGGCACCCCUGAUAAUGCAACUUGGAGGUCUCUCUCCGUUUCUCACAGCAACCACUGUCACCACCACAACUGGUGGCGGCUUCAAAGCCAACCCGCGACCGACGUCGUCAAUGUUGAACAUCGAUUCUGAUCUCUUUUGCCCGUAG